GGCUGCGGGGUGUGUAGUGCGGCGGCUGAGCUGGGAAAGAAGCCCCGGCUUCCAAUGUCAUCACCCGCAGCCUGACCCCUCCACCUGCAAUGUGGGAAUAGUUUCAUAGACUCCCACAAUGAGAGGGGAGAUGCUGUUCCUUGCUGCGCUCCAUGCCACGCUCUUCGCUUCUGCACAAGUUAUGGCUCAGAAAAGAGAGAGAGUGGUCUGCACCAAUGUCUACUCAGCUGAUAUUGUGUUCCUGGUGGAUGGAUCCUCCAGCAUUGGAAGGGCCAACUUCCGCAUGGUCCAAUCCUUCAUGGAGGGGCUGGUCGUGCCUUUUAUCAACGUGGUGGGCGAGAGUGGGGUGCGCUUUGGAGCUGUGCAGUACAGCGAUGACCCCAGGACGGAGUUCGUAUUUUCCACGUACCGCAAUGGGACAGAGGUGAUGAGGGCUGUCCAAGAGCUGAACUACAAGGGUGGGAACACACGCACAGGUGCAGGCCUUCGCUAUGUGGCAGAUAACUUCUUUGGAGCCAAUCAACUCCGGCCCGAUGUUCCAAAGAUUUGUAUCCUCAUCACAGAUGGGAAGUCUCAGGAUGAUGCUGGCAAGGUAGCGUUGAAGCUGAAGGGUCAAGGCAUUAAAGUCUUUGCUGUGGGCAUCAAGAAUGCAGACAGCAAUGAGCUCACCAAAGUGGCCUCUACGCCCACGCCAGAUUACUUCUUCUAUGUUACUGAUUUUAACAUUCUGGGGAGUCUACUGCCACUGGUGUCCCGGAAGGUGUGUUCCAGCACGGGGGGCAUCCUGCAGACAACAGGCACAGAGGCCUACAGCGGCCCUUCGAACCUGGUCUUUGUGGAGCAGGGAAUAGAUCUGCUGAAGAUCCGAUGGACUGCUGCUGCUGGUCCUGUCAUAGGCUACAAAGUCCAGUAUGUGCCUCUCACAGGUCUGGGGCAACAAAUCAUAGCGGAGAGGCGGGAGGUUAGUCUGGGAUCUGGCGAGACGAAUGCUGUGCUGAGUGGCUUGAAGGGAGGGACGGAUUAUUUGGUCACUGUUAUUGCUCAGUAUGCCAACAGCAUUGGAGAAUCGACCUCUGGCAAGGGACGCACCCAGAUGUUGUCUGGAGUGACAGGUUUUCGGGUGCUGGAAGCUGGACCAACCUUCCUUAGACUGUCCUGGGCACCUGGCUUGGAUUCUAUCCAGGGCUAUAGGCUCACUUAUGAAGCCAGAGGUGAAGCUCCAGCUGAAGAACUGAAUCUUGGGCCUCGUGCUACAUCAGUCAUGCUCAGCAACCUUCGCCCCAACACCGACUAUGUGAUCAGGCUGUACCCCAUCUACCCACGCCAGACAGUAGCACCUGCUAUGAUUAGUGGCCGGACAUUGGCUUUAUCAGGAGUACAAGAUCUCUCUGCCCAGAAUGUCUCCUCCCAGGGUAUGCUGGUGACCUGGCGAGGAGUGAGUGGACCAACUGCAUAUCGUGUUACCUGGGGACUCCUUUCAGGUCAGGACAUUCAGAGUGCGGAGGUGGAUCCCAGCAAGAAUUUCUUCUUGUUGACUGGACUUCAGCCCAACACUGAGUAUGUAGUGACUGUUCUUCCAAUCUAUGGGCAGCUGGAAGGGCCCAAAGUCUCCAUUAGAAGGAGAACUGAUAUAGGUAUUGUCCAAACUCUGAGGACCAUUACUAUAGAUCCAACAUCUAUCCAGGUGGCCUGGAACAUCAUCCCCAAUGCCCGGGGUUAUCGACUGGAAUGGAGAAAAGCAAUCGGUACCGAACCCCCCAAGGCUGUGUCCCUGCCUACCAAUGAGAACAGUUACACCCUGACAGGUCUACAGCCAGGCACAGAAUAUCAUAUCACCCUUUAUACCUUGUAUGAGGGCAAAGAGGUGGCCACACCAGUUACCAUCUCACAGACUGGGGUGGCACCACCAGUGGGAAGCAUCUCUGACUUGAGGAUCAUUGAGACCUUUGGAAACAGAGUCCGGCUGGCCUGGACAGGUGUCCCAGGAGCUACAGCAUAUAAGAUUGUCCUGCGCAAUACCCAAGAUGGCACAGAGAAGGUUCGACGUAUCCCAGGCUCCCAGACUACUGAGGACCUAGUUGAUCUGAAAGAAGGCAUCUCCUAUGUGGUGCGUGUGUCAGCUCUUAUCGGCAGCCGUGAGGGUAGUUCUGUUCCUCUCAGCAUCCUAAUCCGGCCAACAGUUAUAGGCAGCGUGUCAAACCUGCGCAUGGUGCCAGUGGGAGUGGGCCGGGUCCGGCUGGUGUGGACGCCUGUCCCCAGGGCCUCAGCUUACAAGCUGGUGAUUGUCAACACCCAGGAUGGCUCAGAGGAGACCAGACGAAUCUCUGGCGACCAGAGUGUCUUUGAACUGCAGGACCUGAAGGAAGGUGUCACUUACUCGGUGCGGAUAACAACAUUGUUAGGUCUCCAGGAGAGCACCCCAGCCACCAUUGAUUUCCCCGUGGUCUACCCUUCUGUGGGCAGCGUCUCCAACCUACAGGCAGCUGCAAUUGGGCCCAGCCAGCUGAGGGUGACAUGGACUCCAAUUGCUGGGGCAACUGGCUAUAAGGUGACAUGGCGGCCAAGAGAUGGUCAGGAGAUCUCUCGAGUCCUGCCAGCUGAUGUCAGCUCCUACACUAUCGAGGGCUUGAGGCCUGGGACUGUCUACAUAAUUCGGGUUUCAGCCUUGGUUGGAAGCAGAGAAGGGAGUCCAGUCACCACCACAGCUACAACAGCCCCUGAACAAGUGGGAAUGGUCACUAGCCUCAGGGUCCUUGAAUCCAGGAGCAACGUGGUGCGAGUCACAUGGGUUGGUGUGCCUGGGGUUACAGCCUACAGAGUGGUGUGGAGCCGGCAAGAUGGUGGCCCUGAAAAUAGCAAGUUGGUCUCAGGAAACACAAAUUCCUUUGACAUCCUUGAUCUGGAAGGAGGAGUUUCCUACACAGUGAAGGUUACAGCCCUGAUAGGCAACCGUGAAAGCGAUCCCGUGUCUCUCAUUGUCACCACACCAACUGUCCAAGCCCAAGCAGUUAGGAAUCUGCGUGUGAUUGACUCAUCAGAAAAGCGUAUCCGACUAGCCUGGAGCCCAGUGCCAGGUAGCACAGGCUAUCGACUCACCUGGCGGGCAGCAGAUGGUGGACAAGGGAGAAGCCAGCUAUUGCCAGCCAACGUCAACACUUAUGACAUUGAAGAUCUGCAGCCAGGACAGCGCUAUGAAAUCCGCAUCACCAGCCUGGCAGGCAACCAGGAGAGUGACCCCCUGACCAUUGUCGCCAACACUGCAGCUGUGGGCCGUGUGACCAACUUCCGGGUGGCAGAGACUCAAAAGGAUUCAGUGACUUUGACCUGGACUCCAGUUCCUGGAGCCACUAGCUAUCUCCUCACAUGGAAAUCUCCAAGAGAUGGCGAAGACGCACAAAGAACACUGCCUGCUCUGGCAACAUCAUACAAAGUGUCGGGGCUGCGACUGGGUGAGAGAUACACCUUCAUUAUCCAGCCGCUGUUUGGAAGCACCAAAGGUGCUGAAGCUUCUGUUACUGACCGCACAGUCUGCCGAGAGGCCCGCAGUGAUGUACUCUUCCUCAUACACGCAACUCGAGACAGUGCCUACAAUGCAGAGGCUGUACGAAGCUUCCUCUCCAACACUGUGUCUUCACUGGGCCAGCUGGGUCCUGGGGCCACCCAGGUGGGCAUUGUGGUUUACAGCUACCGUAGCUUCCCGGUGCUCCUGUUCAACCGCUCCAGUGACCUAGCGACCGUCCUGCAGUUUAUCCGCUCACUGCGCUACGAGGAGCCUAGUGGCAAUGCUAUGGGAGCUGCCAUUAACCUUGCCAGGACUUAUAUGCUGAGUCCCAGUGCAGGACGUAGGCCAGGUGUACCAGGAACCCUGGUGAUACUGGCUGAUGGUCCCUCUGCUGAUGAUGCGAUUGGCCCAGCCAGGGAGAUCAAAGCAGCAGGCAUCCAGGUGCUGGCAGUCGGCAUGAAUGGGGCUGAUCGCGAGCAGCUGCGCCGUUUGGUAACUAAUGAAGACCCACGCAGCGUGUUCUUUGUGAGAGACUCAAGCAGCCUGUCAGAGGUGGAGGAGGGGCUUGCCAAUGCCCUCUGCAGGGAGCCUGUUCCAGAUGAGCCAAGACCAGAGCCCUGUACAGUGCAGUGUCCCAAGGGUGAGAGAGGGGAGCCUGGUGAGAUUGGACGAAAAGGACGGAUGGGAAUUCCUGGUCCUCCUGGAGAGCCGGGACUCAAUGGGAUCCCAGGCCCUCCAGGCCCCGUGGGGCCUCGGGGCUCACCAGGCGAAGUCAUUGAGCGGUCGGGUGAGAAGGGAGACAGGGGGCUCCCUGGAGCAAAUGGCUUGCCAGGAAAUCCUGGCCGUCCUGGUAACCCUGGGCCUCCUGGCCAACCAGGCAACAUUGGUCUUCCUGGUCUCAGAGGAAAUCCUGGAGAGCUUGGACCAAUUGGCCCAUUUGGGCCAAAGGGACAGAAAGGUGAUCCGGGGGAGCCUGGAACAAUCGAUGGCGGAGGUGGUGGACUUCCUGGCCGGAAAGGGGAGCCUGGCAACCCGGGAAACCCUGGACCUCCUGGAAAUUCUGGGCCCAGGGGACCAUUUGGUGAUCCUGGACCUCCUGGGCCAGUGGGACCUGCUGGCCCAACAGGACCUGCUGGCGAGUUUGUCAAGGGAGAGAAGGGCGAUGGAGGUGAGCGAGGUCCUCCUGGAUCAGGCGAUGGGACUGGGGUCAGAGGAGAACCAGGCACCCCAGGUUUGCCUGGUGAUCCUGGGCCCAGGGGACCUGCUGGGACCCCAGGACAGAAAGGAGAGAAGGGGGAUGGAGAAGAAGGUUUUCCUGGAACCCCUGGACGCCCUGGUGAGCCAGGAGAUCGGGGCCCCAGAGGACCUCCAGGUGAACAAGGAAACAAGGGAGAACGUGGGCUAGCUGGUGAUGUUGGACCUUCGGGAGACAAGGGAGAUCGGGGAUCACCUGGCCCUGAAGGAGAUAAGGGAGAGCAAGGACCUUCAGGCCGCCCUGGUGCAGCAGGCAGAGACGGCUUGGCAGGACCACCAGGACCUCGUGGGGAGAGGGGAGAGCCUGGUGUACCUGGGAAGCCGGCUUCCAGCAUCUCUGGAAUCAAAGGAGAUCAGGGGGAGAGAGGCCCUGCUGGAUCAGAGGGGCCACCUGGCCCCAGAGGAGACGUUGGGAGCCCAGGAGAGCGUGGGCCUCCUGGAGUAGGUCUCCCAGGCGCAGUUGGUCCAAAGGGAGAACAAGGGGACAGGGGGAUUGUUGGCCUGACUGGCAAAACUGGAGCAAAGGGUGACCCAGGAGAGGCAGGUGAGAAAGGAGAUCCAGGAAGACCAGGACCUGGUGGACCACCUGGCUUAAGAGGAAAAGAGGGAGACAAAGGUGACAAAGGAGAGGAAGGAGCCCCAGGUGAGCCAGGUCCAUCUGGCAAACCUGGAGAAAGGGGUCUGCGGGGCUUGCCAGGAAACCGAGGACUCCCUGGUGAAAAGGGGGAUCAGGGUGACCCAGGUGAAGAUGGGCGAAAUGGUAGCCCUGGAACACCAGGGGCCAAAGGUGACCGAGGAAAUCCUGGACUGCCUGGACCCCCAGGCCGGGAAGUGAGUGCAGGAGCUGGAGUAGGAGGACAAAAAGGCGAGAAGGGAGAUCCAGGAGAUCCUGGAGAGGAUGGAAUGAAAGGUGUGAAAGGAGAGACUGGGUUACCUGGCCUGCCUGGAGAACGGGGAAUUGAAGGCAGCAGAGGUCUCCCUGGAGUGCGUGGUGACCCCGGAGACCGAGGCCCAGUAGGAGAGAAGGGUGACCGAGGCCCUCCAGGACUGGAUGGCCGGAAUGGGAUAGAUGGGAAACCUGGGCAAACGGGGCCUCCAGGCCAAAGGGGUGACCAAGGGAAGCAGGGUGACCCUGGCCGAGAUGGGCUGCAGGGUCUGAGAGGUGAGCAGGGUCCUCCUGGAGCAGUCGGCCCCCUAGGACCUCCAGGAUUGCCUGGAAAACCUGGUGAUGAUGGCAAACCUGGACUGAAUGGGAAGAAUGGUGAAGAUGGAACACCAGGAGAAGAUGGGAGGAAGGGUGACAAAGGUGAAAGUGGAGAACCCGGCAGAGAUGCCCGAGAAGGUGCUAAAGGAGAACGAGGACCCAGCGGGCCUCCAGGCUCUCCAGGGCCACCAGGUGUCCCUGGCAUGCCUGGGCAAGUGGGUCCACCAGGCCAGAGCAUUCCGGGACUCCCUGGACUUCUGGGACAAAAGGGAGAAAGAGGGGAGACUGGAUCCAAAGGAGAGCAGGGUAGACCUGGGGAUCGUGGGACACGAGGCGAGCCUGGGACAGCACAGAACGUUGAACGUGCCCUAGAAAGCUACGGUAUUAAGAUAUCCUUACUGCGGGAGAUCACUGGUGCCUAUGAUGGGAGUUCUGAUCAAUUCCUGCCUGUCCCUGACCGCCGAAAGGGCCAGAAGGGUGAAAGAGGAGAUUCAGGAGAAAGGGGAGCACCUGGCAAAGAGGGUCUCAUUGGCUUCCCUGGAGAGAGAGGGUCAAAGGGGGAUAAAGGUUCUGAAGGCCCACCAGGUCCACAAGGUCCAAUAGGACGUGCCAUAGGAGAGAGGGGACCAGAAGGGCCACCUGGCCAACCAGGUGAGCCUGGGAAACCUGGAAUUCCAGGUUUGCCAGGCCGGGCUGGAGAACUUGGAGAGGCUGGCAGACCUGGAGAGAAGGGUGAUCGAGGUGAGAAGGGGCCUCAGGGAGAAAAGGGCAGAGAUGGCUUACCAGGCCCUCCAGGGCCACCAGGACCCAGGACAGAUGCGAUAGAAGGGAGCCUCUCUGGAUCUCCAGGGGAACGUGGGCCUGUAGGACCCAAGGGAACCAAGGGAGAGCCAGGAGAAGAUGGCGAGAAAGGCUCUAGAGGCGAUAAGGGUGAUGCUGGGCAGAAGGGGGAGAGAGGCGAAGCUGGCGAGAAAGGCAGAGAUGGAGCUCAAGGCCUCCCAGGAGAGAGAGGCCUUCCUGGCCCAGAGGGGAAAGCAGGCCUGCAAGGUUUUAGAGGGCCACCCGGCCCAGCUGGCUUGCCAGGCUUUCCCGGAGUUCUGGGCAGACCGGGUAACCAAGGAGAUCCUGGACCACCAGGCCCUCCUGGUCCUGUCGGCCCUCCAGGCACUCAAGGUUUACCUGGAAUAAAGGGAAAUGCAGGAGAGCCUGGUUCUAGCAUCCGCGGUUUACCAGGCCCCCAAGGGAAUGCUGGACUUCCAGGACCACCUGGACCAACUGGGCUUGCGGGUCCACAGGGCCCUCCGGGGUUACCAGGACAAGUGGGUGAGUCUGGGAAGCCAGGUGUACCAGGGAGAGAUGGAGUCCCAGGGAAAGAAGGGGAACCUGGACUCCCUGGAAAAAUGGGUGUCCCAGGACCCUUCGGACCUGCUGGCCCCAAAGGAGAACCUGGGGAUGCUGGACUUCCAGGACAGACUAUUGUGGGGCUUCCUGGAGCAAAAGGUGAGAAGGGCGCACCAGGGGACGUUGAUGGGGAACUUCUGGGGAAACCAGGUCCCAAAGGUGAUCGAGGCAUACCAGGUCCCCGAGGAGAGACGGGUGAACGUGGAAUUCAGGGGGAACCUGGAGAUCCUGGAGAAGAUGGAGCCAAAGGAUUUCCUGGGAUCAAAGGAGAAAAGGGUUCACUUGGGGUUGGCCUCCAAGGACCUCCUGGACAGACUGGACCUGCAGGUUUGAAGGGAGACCCUGGGUUACCUGGCCCACCAGGACCUCCAGGUUUAACAGGUCUUCCUGGGACCCCAGGCCAGCCAGGCCUGAGAGGAGAUAAUGGAAUGAUAGGCCCACCGGGACCUCCAGGAGAGAGGGGUCUGACCGGCUUCCCUGGAAGAGAUGGCACUGUAGGACCUCCAGGACCACCUGGACCACCUGGACAAGCAGGUGCACAAGGCAUCUUGGGACUGAAAGGUGACAAGGGUAACACAGGUAUUGGACAGCCAGGUGCUAGAGGCGAGCGAGGAGAUCCAGGCCCGCGGGGUGAAGAUGGGCGUCCAGGGCUAGAGGGAGAUCGUGGGCCUGCGGGACUUCCAGGAAAUAGAGGAGAGAGAGGUGACAAAGGAGAUGUUGGAUCUAUAGGACCAAAGGGAGAUAAGGGUGAUACUGCCAUUUUGGAGGGCCCAGCAGGUGCUCGGGGGAACAAAGGAGAGCCCGGAGACCGUGGCCUGAAAGGGAUGGAAGGGGAUAAAGGUGACAAAGGAGACCAAGGCAUCCCUGGAGAAAAGGGAGUGAAAGGUGAGCAAGGAGAGAAGGGGUCAACAGGAUUCCCAGGCGCACGAGGUCCUGGCGGGCAGAAGGGUGAAGUUGGUGAAUCUGGAGAGCCAGGGGAGCCGGGUCUACCCGGAAAGGAUGGUAUUCUAGGAACUAGAGGAGAGAAAGGAGACAUGGGGCCUAUUGGAAUGCGAGGUCCAAAGGGGGACCGAGGAAUGAAAGGAGCCUGUGGCCAGGAUGGAGAUAAAGGGGAGAAGGGAGAGCCAGGCCUGCCAGGCCGAAUGGGACUUGCUGGACGGAAGGGUGAGCCUGGAGAAAUGGGCAUGUCCGGAACCCCAGGAAUUCCUGGGAAGGAGGGCCUCAUAGGACCCAAGGGUGACAGGGGAUUUGAUGGGCAGCAAGGAUCCAAAGGUGACCAAGGAGAGAAAGGGGACAGGGGUGCUCCAGGCAUUAUUGGCUCCUCUGGACCCAGGGGUAGCGAUGGACCUCCAGGGCCCCCUGGGCCUCCUGGCAGCAUUGGUCCAAAAGGCCCAGAAGGGAUUCAGGGGCAGAAGGGGGAAAGAGGGCCUCCAGGAGAAUCAGUCGUAGGAGCUCGAGGAGUUCCAGGUGUCCCAGGAGAAAGAGGAGAGCAGGGAAGUCAAGGGCUUAAUGGUCCCAGAGGAGAGAAGGGAGAGCCUGGCAUGAUGGAAGAAGAGGUCCGUCUGUUUGUCAGGCAGGAGAUGAGUCAGCACUGUGCUUGUGGAGGCCAGUUUUCCCCUCCUGAGCGACGUCUCCUCCCCAACUAUCCAUCCACCCAACCGUUCCCGUCUGUUAAUGCUCAAAUAGUCCCUGUGCUUACAUUGUCCCACGCUGAGGAAGAGGAAGGGGGCCAGACUCGAGACAUAGUGAACAUAAAUGACCCUGAAUAUGAGUACAUCUACACAGAGGACUAUGAAGAGGGCCUGGAAGCAGAUGGUACAGAGAGCCCAAUGCUGAGGGAUGAAGUAAUGAGCCCAAGGGCUGCUCCCAAGCAUGGACGGCAAAAGAGAGCUCCCCCUGAGGAAGCUGAGCCAUGUACCUUGCCACUGGAUGAGGGAGAUUGCAGCAGGUACACGCUGAGAUGGUACUAUAACAAUAAAGUAUCCAAGUGUCGGCCCUUCAUCUACAGUGGCUGCAGGGGCAACCGCAACCGCUUCAGUUCCAAGGAAGACUGUGAGCUUCAAUGCAGGCCGCAGGCAGAUGCAGGUGACAACACAUUGGAUAAGAACAGAAGUGUGUAAACUCUGAAGUGGGUUUCCUAUUCUGAGAGGACUGAAGAAGUGACCAAAAGAAGAGGCUUGGCUUUGAGGCUCCCAAUGGGAAACCCUUUCUUUGCCUGUUCAACAGCUCAGACACAAACAAUGCAUUUGGUCUGAAACUCUCCUUGCUGCCAUUUCUACUGCCUACAGCACAAGUGUGUGUGUGUGUUGGGGAGGCGGGGUGGGGUGGCUGCUUCAGCUGGAGCAGAUAAAUGGUGCUAUUCUUUUUUUUUUUUAAGUAUUUUUGUUGCUCUUGGUUUAUUUUUUUUUUAAAUUAAGGUGAAAUUUUUAUCAAAUGGAAAUCAUAUGUAUAACCUCUUUUAUAUAUAAUAUAAAAAAGACAUAUUUUAAUUUGAGCUCUCUUAAUUUAUUUGAUGCUGGCCAACUGAGGACACAUGGAAUGUAUUAUAGCCAGACCAAACUGAUUCUCUCUGCAACUUGCUUGAAUUCCUGUGAGGUUUUUCUCUCUUACAGUGGACUAGCAGGAAGUCAGCCUGGCGAUCUCUUAAGAGCCAGACUGUUCCUGGGGAGCUACAAUUCCCCACUGUUACUGAGCAGAGCCAUGAGUAUGAGAGCAUGGCAGUCUCAUGACUCAUUGCCAAAGCUAGAAUCCUACUGAUGCUCCAAAGGGCUUGGUCUCUGACUUUCCAAUGGAAGUCAGCCACUCCAGAAUCCCUGUUCCUUCAUAGCUUCUUACUCUUUGUUGCUGGUCUUGUGUCUUAUUUCUUAGGGGAUGCGCUGAUGCAGUUGUUGGCCCUUCCUUCCCUGCAGCUACCAAAACAAGCUUUAGGAGUAUGUCCAUUUGCCAAGCCUGCCAAUAUGGCAGGAGUAAGAGCUAGUCACUUGAAAAGUACUAAUCAGAUAAUAAAUCUCACUCAGUGUUGGUUAACUACAUAACCAGGAAGCAGAAUCCUCGGCAGAAGUAUUCCUCCUGCUUUUUUAAACAUGUCUCUCUCUUUCAACACAGCCUGCACUCAGGAGCUUUCACAGCCAUGUAGCUUAGAAAUACUUCUUGUCCUGCAGUGGAUAGCAGGGGUUUUAUAGUGCACACUGCUAUGAGACCAACCCCUCUUGUUCAAGUCCUGUAAUGCCAGGAGGAAGUUUUAUACAUGAACUGAAUGGAAACUUAGAGACAAAUGCUUGAAAUGUAUUCUGGUGUGGAACAAUAUGGCCUAGGUGCCACUGUGCUCUAAAACCUCUCAUCUACCUGCCUGUUAUUCAUCAUUUUGUGUAAUCUUCCAUUUACCCACAUGGCGGCAGCACUCCUUCAUUUUUCAUUUUUAUUUUUCAACUCUGGACCCAAGCAAAAGCUACAUACAUACAUACAUAUUCUCUCUCUCUCUCUCUCUCUCACACACACACACACACAUUUUUCUCAUUUGAAAAAUUGGAUUUGAGUGUCCAGAAAGGAGUUUACCCAGACAAAAGACUUUACUGUGGUUUACUGAGAGGCUUUACUGCAAGUUCAAAGUUGCCCAAAAAACCCAAAUCAAAACCUGGGUUUUUUUACCCCGAAAAUAGAUCGGGCUACACUCUAAUGUGCAAUUAAAAACCUGAAUUGUGUGGGGGUGUUUUAACCAAAAAAAUGAUAGCUUGCAGAGACUUCAGGGUAAAUUUGGCCAAUAUGUGAACACUCACCCUCCAUUUCGGAGGAGAUGCAAACUAAAAGCCAGGUAUGAAAAACUUCCUGAAAAAUGUCCAGUACAUUGGUGAUGUUCUCAUGAGAUAGUGAUCUGAGGUUUUUAAGAUCAUCCUGCCUUAGGAUGCCAGGCUGGGCUUUCAGAUGAGAAAGUUUAAGCACAAAAGAUGAGCCGUGCUGGAGCCAGAGGCCUCUGGAAAGCUUAUGAGCAAGGCAUAAAGGCAACAGUCCGGUCCUGUUGUAUGUCCCUAGCAUUUAGUAUUCAGUGGUGGUAUCCUCUGAACAUGGAUGCUUCAUGAAAUCAUAGACAGUGGCCAUUUAUAGAGAUCUUCUCCAUGAAUUUGUUUAACCUGUUAUGACCGUUGUCAUAUUCUGUGGCAGUGAAUUCCAUAAGGUAACUAUGCAUUGUACUUCCUUUCUCUGUUCUGAAAUUAGUGCCAAUCAAUUUCAUUGGAUGACCCCCAAGUUCUAGUAUUUUUAUAAUCCUAAUCAUUUAAAAACCUCUAUCAUGUCCCCCUUUAGCUGUCAUUUCCAAACUAAAAAGCCCCAACUGCGUUCGCCUACAAAAGUGAAAAGAACUCCAAUCCAUUGAGCAUUUCAGUUGAUGUUUUCUAUAUCUUUUCCAGGGCUGAUAUCCUUUUUGAGAAAAGGGCAACCAAAACUGUACACAGUCUUCCAAAUAUGACUGCACCAUAGAUUUAUACAGGAGGAUUAUGAUACUGACCACUUUAUUUCAAUCUUCUCUAAUGCUUUCUGACUGAGUUUGCCUUUUUUCAUUGUUGUUUGAACACUGUGUCAAAAAUUUCUGUGAGUUGUCUGCUGCAAUCCAAGACAUUUUUCCUGGCUAGUCACAGCCAUUUCAGACUGCAUCAAAGUAUGGAUUAAAUUGGGAUAUUUUGGCCCAAUGUGAAUCACUUUACACUUGCGCUUAAUUUUAAUUGCCAUUUUGCUGCUCACUCACCUGAUCUAGAGAAAUCCUUCUGGAGUUCUUCUCUGUCUGCAUUGGAUUCAUCAUCCUGAAUAAUCUGAUGUCAUCUACAAAUUUGGCUACCUCACUGUUCCACCCUGACUCCAGACUAUUUACAAAUAAGUUGAACAGCACUGGUGCCACACAGAUCUUUGAGGGACCACACUGUUUAACUUCCCUCCAUGGUAAUUUUAUCCCUACUCUCUGUUUCCUGUUAUUUUAACCAGUUACAGAUAUGUAAGAGGGUCCAUCCUCUUAUCCCAUAAUUGCUAAAUUUGCUGAGGAGUUUUUGGUGAGUGGCAUUGUUAAAGAAUUCUAAAAGCUUGGUGAUACUGUGUGUAUUUUGCCACUACACGGGAGCAAGGGACACGUGGCUGUGAAAGAACAACCAGAAUAAUAGGGAAAACACUUUCCUGUGUACUGUAAAUAUUACUCCUUGAACAUUAAUUCAUUUGAUGAAGUUUCACCUUAAUUGUGAACAGUAAGCAAUAAUCUCCAAAACAAUAAAAUAUUGGAAGACACAGCACAAAAAUCAGAGCACAUUUAUUUUGUAUGUGUGGAUUUUGUAUGAAACACUCUUUUUAAUGGCCCUUUUCUUUAACCUGCUGAAGCAUGUUAUAGAAAUAAUCAGUGAAUUGUUGAGAAUGGUGCUAUGUUGCUGCCACUAUAGGGCAUUUUUUAAAGGCGAAACUAUUCCCCCGCCCCAGCUCCAGGUUUUCUGUUCUCACUCUUUCUCAAUUCUUAAACCUGCCAUCUUCCUGUUCUACACUCCAGCACUGUUUCUCCCCUUCCCUGAUCCAUCCUUUGGCAUCCCCUGUGCUCUUAUGUCAAAUGCAAAUACAGAUAUAACAGCUUCUUUCUUUAGAACUCUGUAGAAAAGUGGGGGACUUGGUGAAACAACUAUAUACAAAUGUGGGGGGCGGGGUUGUACCACUGAUAUGCAGAAGGGUAGUAUCUGUUGUAGUCAAAUAACCAUUCAGUAAUCCCAUAGUGAUCUAUUCAGUGGACAAGCAACAGUUCACAUCCCACAUGACUAUUCUGGAGUGAAUGAGUUAUGAAUUGUUGCCUAUGCUGGAUGCUAAUGAACACUAAAAUCCUGAACAUUUUUAUAGAACCCCCUCUAGCUUGAGUGGAAUUCACUUCCACCCCAAAUUAGGCAUCUUAAUCCCAUAGAAAUCAAUUAGGUUUACGAACACCAUUAAACAAAACCCAGGGCACAUGAGUCCAACUGAAAUCCACUGGUUUAAGCAUGCCUAACUGAUGGAUUGUAUGUUAGUUCCUACUGGGUGUCUACAGAAUGUUUGCCUAGCUUUCUCUAGAUAAGCCUAAUGUAUUUUGAAUCAAAGUACAGGAUAAUGCUUCAGUUAAAUAUUCUUGGGGAGGGUGAUUGAGAGAUCACUGCUGUUUUAUAGCAGUGGUCAAACUCAAUGGUUUCUUCUAGUGGUAAUAUAUUAACUAAGGCCAAUGUUUCUUUUGCAGAAUGAUUUAAAGGGGCUUUGACAUCCUAUCUCAUGGGAUGUCACCAAGUCCUAAUGUUGUUUACUAGCUACAGUAAGACUCAUCCACAAAAAUUCUGACCAUAAUCCCAUCCCUUUUCCAGUCCAUAAAGAGAUGUUGCUUGCCUUGUAUUUCUGUGAUGUAAAUGUAGAAAUAAUCCAAUUUAAAGAUAGACUUGCAAUAUCAGAGAAUCAGAACAUAAUUCGAACAGUCAGUCUAAACAAAAAAAGCAACGCUUGUGAAAGUUUAGUGCUGGAGUCCGCAGACAAUUCUUGCCUGAACCACCUGGAAGUAAUGCCAUAGGUGGGCAAGCAAGAAUUCACAAGAUACAAUGGACUGGAUUACAUGGGUUUACCUGUCGGUGACUUGUGGUUGGAUGGUGCUGGAUUUGGAUAGAGCUGUUUGGACUUAAUUAUCUUAGAUCCUUUUCAGCUCUGUGAUCCUUUGAAUAGAGGGAAAGUUACUAUCAGUGUAAAAUUCCAUUUCCAAAGAUAAAAGCGAACAUGCCUGUAGACACAUAAGGCCUAUUCAGGCAACUUCAUUCAUUGUAGAUGAUAUACAACCUGCAUUUGUUGUUUGCCACCCUUGGAUAGGAUAAGGUAAAGUUGUGCCGUCAAGUCGGUGUCGACUCCUGGCGACCGGAGAACCCUGUGGUUGUCUUUGGUAGACUACAGGAGGAGUUUACCUCUGCUCAGUAUGAGAUGAUGCCUUUCAGCAUCUUCCUAUAUUACUGCUGCCUGAUAUAGGUGUUUCCCAUAGUUUCGGAAACAUACAAUUUGAACCAGCAACCUCUUGCUCCCUAGGCAAGUUACUUCCCCGCUGCACUGGUAUGAGCAUAUAAAUCAGACAAUUUCAACACAAAAUGUCAAGGAUGACACUUGUAGCUUUCUGCAUGCAAAAAUGGGGUCUGCUAUUAAGCAAUAGCCCCUCACUUGGGGUACCCAUUAUUAGUAUUUUAUAGUAAAAACAAAAGAAUCCUUUGGCACCUUAAAGAGUGAUUAACAGAGAUUAUUGCAGCAUGACCAAUUCUGGGCACCGCACUUUAAGAAGGUAAACGAACUGGGUUCAGAGGAGGGCAACAAAGAUAGUCAGCAGUCUGGGGGGUGGAAGAAGCCCUCUGGGGAAAGGUUGAAUGAGCUGGGUAUGUUUAGUCUGGAGAAGACUGAGGAGGAUGUGGUAGCACUCUUCAAGAGCUGCCACAUAGAACAGACAAAUACUUAUUCUUAGAACUAAAUAUAAAGACCUUAAGUUAUAGAUUUUGGUUGGAUGUUAGAAGGGUGGGGUGGAAAAUGGCCCUCCCUUGCUGGAAGUCUUUAGGUAAAGGCUGGCUGAACAGCCAUCUGUUGGGAAGGCUCUAGCUCAGGAUUCCCUGCAUUGAGAUAUGACCUACAAGGUCCUCUAAUUCUAUUAUUCUAGAUGACCAGCAAGACCGCCUUCAAUUCUAGGAUCUUUCGCAGCCUAUGUGAAUUAAUCUUGCCAAUCACUCAAGCUGUCCAAAAAAAACCCUCAGAGCAGGUCCAUCAUCUGGCAUGUCCUUGACUGUAGCUUGGCUCUGUGAAUGUACUACAAGGAAGAUGGCCCUUGUCUUUUGUUCUCUGCCCAUGUACUUGCUAAGAAUUUUCACUAAACAGCAUCCUCCUCUUUGAUGGAUAUAAGACGGUUGCUGUCAUUGUGGUUUUAUGUGCAAGGUGCUGACUAUAUAAUAAAUAUGUUGAAAUACAGUUGUUUCUUCUCUUUGCAAGAUGCCUGUAAUGAUGGCUUACAGUCCCAGUGCAAAAAAAUCCAAAUGUAAUAAAUGAAUAAAAAUUUGUAGUACCUCA